CUCAAAAGCAAACCAUAUAUAACAAACACAAAAACCGUCACAAAAUAUAACAUCACAUUUAGCGACCAUAUUAACGAUGUUACGGUUGUGUGUGAAGCCUUUGGAGAGAUGUAUAGGUCGCCGGAGCGGUGACGUGUUGCUGUGGCACAACGAUUUGAAGCCGCAUGCGUCCGGUGACUUCUCGAUCGCCGUUGUUCAGGCGAAUUCCAACCUUGAGGAUCAAAGUCAGGUGUAUACGUCACCUUCUGCUACUUAUGUUGGUGUUUAUGAUGGUCAUGGUGGCCCUGAAGCUUCUCGAUUCGUCAACAAUAAUCUCUUCCCCUUUAUUCAUAAGUAUGCAACAGAACAAGGGGGUAUAUCUGCAGAUGUUAUUAAGAAGGCGUUCAAUGCUACCGAGGAGAAGUUUUUACAGUUUGUGAAGCAUCAAAUGCCUAUCAGACCGCAAAUCACAUCGGUUGGGUCGUGCUGUCUUGUUGGUGCUAUUUCCGAUGGUGAAUUACAUGUUGCUAACCUUGGAGACUCACGAGUAGUGCUCGGACAGAAAGUUUCUGUUGGAGGAAAGGCUAGAGUGGUCGCAGAGCGACUGUCAAGAGAUCAUAAUGUUUCGUACGAGGAGGUGAGGAAGGAGGUUGAAGCACAGCAUCCUGGUGAUUCACAUGUCGUUGUAUAUUGUCGUGGAGUUUGGAGAAUCAAGGGUAUAAUUCAGGUAUCAAGAUCUAUAGGCGAUUUCUAUUUAAAGAAGCCCGAAUUUCACAGGGACCCACGUUUUCUGCAAUACGGACACAAUGUUCCACUGAAAAAGCCUGUAUUGACUGCGGAACCUUCCAUCAUUUCUAGAAAACUUAGAUCACAAGAUUUGUUUUUGAUAUUUGCUUCCGAUGGGCUUUGGGAGCAUUUGAGCGAUGAAGCAGCGGUGGAUAUUGUUUACAGAAAUCCAAGAGCGGGAAUAGCAAAAAGAUUGGUAGGAGCUGCGAUUCGUGAGGCUACAAAGAAACGCGAGUUGAGAUACAAGGAUGUAAUGAAAAUAGAAAGGGGCGUUAGGCGUCAUUUCCAUGAUGACAUAUCUGUGAUAGUAAUCUACCUUGAUCGCGAGAAAGCAUCAAAACAUGCCAAUUUAGGAUUCACAACCGCACCUGUUGAUAUUUUUUCUCAUAAGGAAGAUAAAGUUGGUGAAGACCCUCUUCUGUUAAAGAACUAAGAAAGCUACCUGACGGUCCAAAUGUUUAAGGAUACAGCUGGGUGCUCGCAAGAUGAGUCCGUGACAUACAGAGAACUUGUAGAAACAGGAGACAGCAGUGUAAAUACUUUAAAAACCAGUUUUUUAACAACAUAUUCCUUUGUUUUUUGGUCAAUGAAUUUGGGUUUUUAUAUGCU